AUGAGUUUUAUUCUAAAACACGAACAACACAAAUUCGAAGGAGAUGGUUUCUUUUCAGCUCUAUCAUCUCGCAUCCCAAAAGUAGUCAACUUUGUCUCAAACAAUAAAUCCCUUAUUUCCUCAAAAGCCCAAGCUCUUGGAUCUGUUGCAAAAGCAGCAGUAAAUUUAAGCGAUGCAGUGAAAAGAUAUAACGAGUUGAAAGAAUUACAACAUAUAAGAGAAACGCGAAAUAAAAGACUAGAAAAUAAAAAAGGCAAUGGUUUUAAAAUUAUAGGACAAAAAUCUCAACUGAUUAAUGGGAGACACAAGUUUAAUAGAUGCCAACAUUGCUUAUCACGAAGAAUAUUUAAACCAUUACAGACAAUUGAAGGAUAUAUUGUUAAGAGGCCAAGAAUUUUCAUAUAGAAAGAUUUGAAGAGCUUAGUAAAAAGCCUAAAAAUCUAACAUUUAGUGAAAAUCUUACUCACAAUGAGGGUUUGUUUAAAAAAACUUAAAGCCCAUCUACAUGAUAUAGAAAUUCCCAUAACAAUAGAACCAUAUGACCAUAGAAAAACUGGGGAUGAAGCUGUCAAAAAUAUUGUGAUCAACUGCGAUCGAUUUUUAAAACAAGCCGCCUCCCGCUCCAUUAAAGAAUAUGUUACUUUUGGAUUAUGGUUACAGAAAUUAUAUAUCUUCGAAUCAAUUAUGAAAAAUGAGUUAACAAUAUCAGUAAGUUGGAGUAGAAAAUUACGUAAACUUGCCAAACUCUGUGACAAAUAUCCGAGGUUUCAAAAUUUAACAAUUUCAAUUUCAAAAUUAUUGACGCAGAUUUUAAAAAUAGAACGUGAAUUAGAAAGAACAAGUGAUGAAGAUCAAGCGUUUUGGAAAAAGGAUAUGAUUCAUGUGAUGUAUAUCUACCGAUUCUCUAGGAGCGGUCAUGACCUUGAACUAUGUAUACUGAUUGUGUAAGAGGGGAACUAUGUUUACCGAUUCUCUAGGAGCGGUCGUGAGGUGAACAUUACCAAUCCUAGUAGAAGUGUAUAUCAAUAUACAUGUAAUUGUUUAUGUUUUAAAUUUUCUGUAAUAAAAAUGUGUAAUUAAUUUUGUAAACAAUGUAUUUAUUAAAACCUAAAACUU